GUAAAGAAACACAACAGAAGGGGAUAUUGGAAACAUUUUAAUCUGUGAACGUAUUUCAUGCAUGAUAGAUGCAUAUUGCAGAUCCAAAGAUGUUUGUCAUUUUAUUCAUUUGGAGUAUGUUAAUCCUUUACACCGGUGGAAAAAACGUCCAUUGUGGAACAAACGCCACCUGUACUUGUAUAAAACAUAAAACAUUUACCUAUGCCAAUUGCAGUAGACGAGGUCUAGAAAUUGCACCGAACUUUACGAAGGAAGUUUCACAGAUUGAUUUAGGAUUUAAUCUAAUUGAUCAAUUUCCAUCAAAUUUGCCAAGUCGUCUGACACUUUUAAAUCUCACGGGGAAUCCAAACUUGCGAAAGAUCGAAAAGCCAAACUUGAGAAGAUACAUUCGCCUUCGAUAUCUUGUAGUGUCGUACUGCAAUCUGAGGCAGAUAGAUGCAGGAACACUGGUGAAAAAUUUGCAACUCCAGCAUCUAGACAUAUCAAACAAUCCGGAGCUUACCUUAUCUGUUUUGAAGAAUGUAACAUUUGAUUUGCAGCAUUCGAAAAUCAAAACACUCUUAGUUGAUAAACUACAGUGUACAUAUGGAUUAACAGAGAAUCUUCCGUAUGAAUACCUAAAGUAUCUAACAAACACAAGCCUCCAAACAUUGUCUUUGGCUUCUAAUAGACUAGCCUUCUUGGACUUUAAACUAUUUCGCGCAUUUCCAAAAUCGCUGACACACUUAAACAUUGGGGACAAUAAUCUAAGCUUUGGGCUGUAUAUUUUUGGUUUCAAUAGUAUGAAAGGUGUACGGAGUGUGAACGCAAGUUUUCAAGCAUCAUUUCAUCUUCAAGAAACGAUAAAUUAUAACUGCAAUGACAGUAAACCUAUAGACCGUUUCUCACCAACAGUAUAUAACAAAUGGAAAUAUGCUGCAAGCAAGAGAAAUCAUUUAAAUGGACAAUAUUGGUCCCAGGAUAACGAACUCAUGACCAACGCUAAUAGUGUAAAGUAUGGCACUUACAUAAUCAUUUAUAUACCUCCAAAGCUAGAAAAGGUGUAUUUUCACGACAAUAUGUUUAAGUUAGAAUUAAGCAGGUACGAUUUCAAUGUAACAAAUGGAAAACUUACUCAUUUGUAUCUGCAGAAUAACAUUUUCUACAAACUGAAUGGACCAUUGCGCGGUCUUCAAAGCGUUAAGUACAUAGAUCUUUCCAAUAACUUGUGUACGUUUAUAUCUACCAAAUUCUUUGAGGAACUAGACGGAAUAAUACAGCUGAACCUCUCAAGGAAUCUUCUAGAUAGUUGUAUAGCUGAUGAUAAUGGUGGGGAAAUAUUUCGCAAAAUCUGUAACAUUGAAGUUUUAGACCUGUCUUACAAUACCAUAAGUUAUCUACCAAAAUUUAUAUUUAAAAACAUGGUUAACCUAACAGAACUAUAUCUCCAAUAUAAUUCUUUGGAAACAUUCAACAUCAUCAUAUCCCACAUGCGAAACCUGUCCUUUCUAGAUUUAUCAAAUAAUCAAAUAUCAACACUGGACAUGGCUAUGCGAGCUUCUUUAGAUAAACUAUGCGAGAUGGAAACGCAUAUAGAAAUCAACUUGGUGCGAAACCCUCUCCGCUGUACGUGUGAGAACUUGGAAUUUCUCGAAUGGAUGGUUGCCAGUGAAGUUAGUUUCCAGAGACAAUCAAAUUAUAAAUGUGCUCUUGUCAACUCCACGAUUGUCCCUUUAAAGGAUUUAAAGGAAAUUAUUACAUCAAUGACGUAUGCCUGUGAAACAUAUCUUGCUUUAAUUGUUUCUUUGACACUUGCUUUGUUCAUUAUAGUAAGCAUUAUCGUUGGCGCAAUACUCAACCGUUACAGAUGGAGAUUAAGGUAUUUAUAUUACCUAGUCAAACGACGUUACACGGAGGUUCAACAUGCAGAAAUUCAGUUCAAUGAAAUGUUUAAAUAUGACGCCUUCGUUUCAUACGCCGAGGAAGACAGUCACUUCAUAUUUCGAAAAUUAGAUUUUCUCGAAAAAGAAAAUAAUUUGAACCUUUGUUUACACAGUAGAGAUUUCAUUCCAGGUACCAAUAUUGCGGACAAUGUAGCCAACGCGAUACAUAACAGCAGAAGGACCUUAUGUCUUCUAACUUCCAACUUCUUAAAUUCGUAUUGGUGUAUGUACGAACUAAACAUGGCCAGAAUGGAGUCAAUUUAUUCACGAGAAGAUGAUAAUGUUCUUUGUCUCGUGAUAUUAGACAAGAAUGUUGUUAAAAACGCGCCACUGAAAAUAAUUGAUUUGUUUGAAAAUCAAUCAUACUUAGAAUAUCCAGAAAAUGAAACAGAUGACUCACCUUUUUGGGAUCGACUGUGUGACACUUUGCAUUUACCAACUCUGCGGUAAUAUAUCAUGCAUUCUAAGUAUUGAAAAUGUUUGAAAACUAUCUCAAAUGUUGCGAAAGUGACAUAUUGUGUUAUCUGUAUUUAGUUUUUAUUCUACGAAUCCCAUUUAUAAAGAUCAUGGAGUGUAAAUAUGUAUACACAUGUAUGGAACUUAUUAUGUUCAAACUCUAUGAAAGUAAUCAAUGUAAUAAAUGGCAUACAUUAGUUCAACUUA